AUGCCUGAUUUGAAAGUCGUAGAGCUCUUCUGUGGCAUCGGUGGUUUCCAUGCGGCCUUUGAGAAGGCGAAAAAUGAUCUCAAAGGAGCACCAACUGAAAUUGAGUACAAGGUUCUUUCUGCCAUGGAUAUCAACAACAACGCAACAAGCUGCUACAAGCUCAAUCAUAUGAGCAUGGAGAAAGAUGUGAUCAACACGGACAUCAAUGCAGCGCCCUGGGAGCAAACUUCCUGCUACAACACUCUUGCCAUGUCGCCGCCCUGUCAACCCUUUACCCGCAACGGAAAGCAAAAAGACAAAGAGGAUCCGCGCACGAAGCCGCUUCUAUCCAUUAUUGAAAAAAUAAAGACCUCAAAGAAGAAAUUCCUUCCCCGAUAUAUCAUCAUGGAAAACGUCAAGUUCUUCGAGAAAUCUCAGACCUGCAAGGACUUACUAGCGGCGCUGGACAGUAGAAACUUUAUCUACAGACAGUUUUUGAUCUCACCGACGGAUUUGGGGACGCCGAAUCAAAGAGCGAGAUAUUUUCUUAUUGCAAAGAGGGGAAAGCACAUGAAGUUUCAUUUUGAUCCGUAUGUCAUUAAUUGGAAGAAAAAGAGCACUGGCGAACCAGAAAGUAAGCGACAAAAAGUAGAAGAAGGGACAGAAGAAAUAGAAAAAGACCUGUCAGAUAAUGAAGAGGAAAUCGCCGAUCAUUUGAAAGCGGAAAAUGAAGCGCGAGAAAUUCCAAAAGCAAGUGUCAAAAUGUACGAAAAUAUGGACGUUUUUGUGCGACACGAUGGCCCUGACGCCAAUUCACAGAUUCUUGGCCUCAAAAUAAAGGAGAAGAUUCACUCGCUCGAGCGAUACAUUCAAGAUUUAGACUUUGAAGAAGAAGUCUGGAAAGAAAUCUAUGUUUUAACCGAUCAGUUGAAAAGGAGAUUCCUGAACGUUUUGGACAUUGUCAGAACUUCAAGCUCGAGAAGUAUUUGUUUUACCAAAGCUUACGGAAAAUAUGCCCAAGGAACUGGAUCGAUGAUCGACAUGAUGGAAAAAGUAGACCCAAAUGAUCGGACAAAAGAUAGAGAACCGGAAGAUUUCGAGCUGAGAUACUUCACAGAAAUGGAAGUUGCUGGCCUUAUGGGCUUUCCCAAAGACUUUUCUUUCCCGCCAGAUCUGACAACAAGACAGCGAUACGCUCUGCUUGGCAACUCGCUGAAUGUAGAUGUAGCAGCUGUUUUGAUCAAAUUAAUGGUGCUCGGCGACGAUGAGACGAAGUUGACUCCUGAAGAAUUAGCUGAAUUGAAUAGACUAAAAGCAGAAAUGAGUGGGAACUCAAAGGGCAACAAGCUGCCGACAGAUGAGCUGGCCAUGCGAGCUAUUUUGAAGGACAUGGGAGUGACAGAAUACGAAGACCGAGUCGUCCAGCAAAUGCUCGAGUUCUCCUACAGGUACACGACAGAAGUACUGGAAGAGGCAAAAGUCUACUCAAACCACGCGCGCAAGAAGCAAAUCGACCUGGACGAUGUGAAACUGGCCGUGUCCAAUCGAGGCGAUCGAACUGGUAGAAUGCCUCCACGAAUUGAUCUGCUUCAAGAAAUGACAAAGUCCAAAAACUCCACUCCACUCCCCGCAAUCAAGCCUUUCUCCGGCCCUAGAAUUCCGCCAGAUCGUUAUUGCCUUACCGGAGUUACAUAUAAAGUGAAAGACAAUGUCGAAAACGGGCCGAAGCGAAAUGCAAGUUUCGAAGAUGUUGCCAACGGCGAUAUGAUGGAUGUAGAUGGUAGAUCAUUCCUUGUCUAA